UGGACUCCAGGGGGUCACAGCACCUUCUGAAAUCCUGCAGCCUCUUUCUCACCUGGAAGAAUACUCCUAGAAACCUGGCAAAAUGUGUGAUGCUUUUGUAGGUACCUGGAAACUUGUCUCCAGUGAAAACUUUGAUGAUUACAUGAAAGAAGUGGGAGUGGGCUUUGCCACCCGGAAAGUGGCUGGCAUGGCCAAACCCAACAUGAUCAUCAGUGUGAAUGGAGAUGUGAUCACCAUUAGAUCAGAAAGCACCUUUAAAAACACUGAGAUUUCCUUCAAACUGGGCCAGGAAUUUGAUGAAGUCACUGCAGAUGACAGGAAAGUCAAGAGCAUCAUAACCUUAGAUGGGGGUGUCCUGGUUCAGGUGCAGAAGUGGGAUGGCAAGUCGACCACCAUAAAGAGAAAAAGAGAGGAUGAUAAGCUGGUGGUGGAAUGUGUCAUGAAAGGCGUCACUUCCACCAGAGUUUAUGAGAGAGCAUAAGCCAAGAGACACAGCGACCUGGACUGAAGUUUGUAUCAAACUCCACGACAUUCUGUUGGAUGAAUUGUUCAAAAAGAUAUUAUUAUUUUCCCAUAAUUACCAAGCAACUAAUUUUUUCCCGAGCUGGAUUUUGCUAAAUAUGGUUGGUUUGGUUAAAUAAAACUUUUUAGAUUUAGAAGGUGGUAUGAUGGAUGAUAUAUUUAUUGUGCUUUGUAAUUUCAUUUACUCAUAAUUGAGUGAAGAAAAUAGAACAAUUGCAUUAUUGAUUUGUUUCUCAUAUAAGUCAUAAGAUCUUUCAUAAUAAUAAUGCAAGGUAAAAAAACAUUAAUAUCUGUGAAUUUUCUAUUUGCCCAGGUAGGAGGCAAUAUGUACCAUGACUGAAUAUUAGGUCCCUUUCUCAGUAUAUCUAAUUAAGAAACUAUCUCUUGGAGACUUAAUGUAGUUUUAAAUAGAGUAAAAUUGUCUAUUGUCAGCUGGUAUAAAUGAUUAUGUUUCAUACCUGCCCUGUCCUGGAUCUUUGCAAGUGAGUUGUACAUUCUUGUUGCAU